UGAGUCUAGAAUCAUGCUUGCUUAGCCUCUAGUAUAUUUCUCUGACUAUUUUCUUUUAAUAACCAGCCACACUAUGAUAAUAUUAUAUUAAAUAUUGCUAGAACCACCGUUCUUUUGGGGUGGGGGAGGAUUUCAUUGCGCUCAUUAUAUAAAGAGACCAAACUCUCCAACAUGCAUGUACAAUUCAGUCUCUCUUCACUACUCUAGCUCAUUGGGCCUUACAGGGUACAUGACCUGCGACGAGAUCUCGCCGGAGAACUCCGGUGGGCCGACUGUGGCGGUGGAGGUGGAAAACAAGAACAGAAAGGCAGUGAAGAUGCUGUAUAAAGCAUUGCGUCACGGGGACAGAGAGAAGGUCACGAAGCUGGUAGCACCCAACUUGGAGUGGUGGUAUCAUGGCCUUCCCAACUUCCAUUACAUGAUGAAGAUGUUGACCGGGGAGUCAAUGCAGUCGGCGUUCAAAUUCAGGCCCAGGAGAAUCAGGACCGUGGGGGAGCGCGUGAUCGUGGAAGGAUGGGAAGAGGCGGCGGGGGCGUACUGGGUGCACGUGUGGGGACUCAAGCAGGGGAUUAUAACUCAGUUUCGGGAGUACUUCAACACGCUGCUUACUGUUGUGCUUCGCGUCUCAGAGAAUGGAAAAGAGGCCCGCCUUUGGCAAAGCAUGCCUCGGGCUCGCCUUAACGGGUCCUUACCCGAUCUCGUGCUCGUUGUCUGAAUUCUGAUCCAACCAUAUAUAUAUAUAUAUAUAUAUGGUCGUUUAGUGGCUAGGUCCUGUGAUUGGGAUGUAAUACAGGAAGCAAUUACUAUAAUAGCUAUCUCUUGUAUCUGCGAUACCAUGUGUCUCUGUAUUUCACCAUGCUUGUUAUAUAUAAGAUCGAUCUGUGAUA